UUUUCACUAGGAGGGUAAUUAUGUGUAUUAUUUCAAAUUUCAAAACAUGGUAUAUGCAGAUAAACAGAUCAACGUUUGAUAUAAUCUUGAAACUUAACCAACUUAUAUCAAGAAUUUAAUAAAAAAUUAAAACGGUUUAAAGGGGAACCACUCUCUGCCUGCAUAAAACAAACAGAAACUGAGUAAGAGAAUAAGUUUAUGCUGGGCAUCUAAAUUUGGGUAGGGCUGUAUUUUCCAUUAAUGAGACACAUGUAUUAGAUAUUUUUCAUUUGGUUUUUCUUUUUGACAUAUUAUUUUUCUCCAAUUGCUAAAGUUGAAUCAUUAUGGUAUAGCAUGUAUUAAAUUCGCUAAAUUUAUAGUAAAUAUGGUGGUCUUGUAUUGGCCAUUUGGCCUAUUGGGUGCUAUCAUGUAGCUUUGUAUGGAGAUUCACGAGUUAGAAUUAAAAAACUAGUUUCACGCUGUCUGAAAUCAAAUCUUCCCCCGAGACUCUCUUACAAGAAAUGGUAUAUCUCAUUACUAUUCUUUUUUUUUCAUCAUAAAGAGACUUAAUUAAUACUCUAAUAACCAUCGGGUGACUAUACGUUCAUAUGGACCAAAUAGGAUGACUGACUUCGUGCACCAGUGCAAGAUUAUCUGUUAUUGUGUUCCGAGGUAUAUGUGUGAGAUGGAAAGUAGAAAAUCUUUUCUUCAUGCGAUGAAUAUCUUCAAAGUAUGUUGCAUAAACAAACCAUUUUUGGUUCCAAAACCAAUUUUACAAACUGAAAACAAUCUAUUACAAACGUAAUACUAAAUUGUCGAAUUUUUUUAAUAUACUUCAGUGCCCAAAUAAAUGCUUUAAAUUUUGCGUGUAGGGAUGAUGGUAGGCCUUGUAUUUCUAGGUUUUGACGUUUUGUUAGUCAUGGAGUUAUAAUUAUAUAAAUAUUUUAUGAGUUAAAUAUUCAUAGAUGUGAUGUAGAUUUAAUUCAUUUUAUCUUGGUAAAAAGAAUAAUGUGUUUAUAUAUUAAUUAUUAAUGUUUUGUAAUCAAAUAUACAAAUAAAACCUAUAAACGUAGCUAUAGAUUAAUGAUAUUGAAAUACUGUAAUAUUAAACAGAUAAUAUUAGUUGAUAUAUAUAUAUAUAUAUAUAUAUAACUGUAUUUGUUUAUUGAUGUCUAAAUAAUUAUAUGUGAUCAAGUGCAUAAUAUUUAUUAUUUAUUAUUUUAAUUUUAUAUUUAAUCUAAAUAACCUUUAAUGAAUUCUUAUAUCUUUAACUUACAAUAAUAUUUUUAGUAACAUGAUAUAAAAAUUAAAUUUUAUAUCAUCAAUAAAUUUGUACAUUUUUGCGAUACCAAUCUAAGUCAUUAAUUUGGAUCAAACAAUGGUCAUUUAACUAGCUCCCCUUCAUUUUAGUACUCUUUCUGUUUCAUAAUUAUUUUUAUUUCAAAAUAUUAUUUGUUAUUCAUAUUUCAACGUAUUUUUUAUUUUUUUGCAUAUUAUGUGAACAGUUUUGAGCUUAUAUAUUAAAGGAUACUUUUUGAAAAGUAACAACUUUUUCAGUUUUUGUGCUUUUAACUAAUACAACUUACACAUAGAUAAUAGAGAACCUAGGGAUACAUAUUUGGAUAGGAUAUAUAAUAUUAUAAAGUAGGAUUUUAUAAAUAAUGAGUUAAAAUUAUAUAUAUGAUAUAUAUAUAUAUAUACUCUUUAAAAUUUAUUAUUUUCAAAUAUUGUCGGGGUUAUAGGUUUAUAAAUAAAAAAAGAGUCCACUUCAAUCUCAAUCAUCUAAGUUUCACUCCUUCAUCCCAUCUCAUCCACAUUGUCUCUCUAAACAUUAAGAUGAAAUCCUUAAUGAAACUCUUUGCCUCGCUGUUACUGUUCGUUUUCUUUUCUCUCCUAUUUGGAGAUAUCGAUGUAGUUGAGAGUUCAAAUCAGAAUCUUCGUUUUUCCGGUCGAAAUAAAUUGUUUGUGUUUGGAGAUUCUUAUGCUGAUACUGGAAACACAAAGACUACUGAUAAGGGGGCAUGGGCAUUCCCUUACGGUAUCACUUAUCCGGGUAAACCCUCUGGCAGAUUCUCCGACGGCCAUAUCUCCACAGAUUUUCUAGCCAAAUUGCUAAGGAUAAAGUUACCAGUGACCUACUCCAAGAAAGAUGACGUGGAUAAGACACGAUUACAAUACGGAAUGAGUUUUGCGUACGGAGGAACAGGAGUGUUCGACACUCAGGUUAAUUAUCCUAACAUGACCGGUCAGAUCAAUCUUUUUGAGCAACUCCUCGGCAAUGUCUACUCUCCAUCCGACCUUUCUUCGUCCGUCGCUCUCGUUAGUGUUGCUGGCAACGACUACCUUUAUUUCCUUUCCACGCGUCCCCUUAUCGCAAUCCUACCAUUCAUCAAGCAAGUUGUGAAUCAAAUCGAGGUGAAUUUGAGGCGAAUCCACUCCUUGGGAAUCAAGAAGAUAGCAGUACCAUCAUUGCAACCGCUAGGGUACAUACCCCACUUUGCAAAGGGCUCCCCAUUUAUCAAAGACGCUGUAAACUUUCUGGUAGGACACCACAACGACUUGUUGCACGAAGUAGUGGCCAAGCUCAAUAAUGAGACCAAUCAUUCGGCUUUUACCAUCAUAGAAUACAACAAUGCCUUCUUGACUGUCAUCAAUAACAAAGGAUAUUAAUGAAAGUUACACAACUAAUUAAAAAUAAAAACCAUACCUUUUAAAUAUAAAAACAAAAGAGAUCAAAAUUAUGAAUUAAUUAACUAGUACAGUAUAUGGUACUAAAAUGUUUUUUUUUUGUGUGUGUGUGUACAUCACUUAGAAUGUAGAAUAGAUUUACUACAUAUCGACCUAAUGGACCUCAAGUUGUCGUCACGAUCUCUCACAGGUUUCAGUAGAACAUUGAGCGAGAUCCUACGCACCAUCAGAUUGAAUGCAAAUUGGCAUUGCACAUUGACAAUAAAGUUUUGGUAACAAUCAUUUUCCAAAAAAAACAAAUCACUGGGUUCAGUUCAAUAGGUAUUUUACAUUUAAAUUUAUUAUCAUAACCGUGUGAAUGAUAAGAGUCAUAAUUUAGUUUUGCAGAUUUUUUCUAUUGAUAAACUGAACAUAUUACAUGACGUUCUCCAGAAAUGAGAAUGACAAUAGCAAACAACAUCAAACCUUGGACAAAUUAAUCGUACUAUUAGACUUAGUUGUCCAUAAAUGCUGAUGGUUUUAUUUAUAUCCAUCUUACACCUGGGUUUGCGGGUCAACCCGCCCCGACCCGCCCCGCCCCGCUGCGGGUUGAAUCAUUUUUUCGAUUCAAAAAAUCGACCCGCAUAACUCACAAACAAAAAAAUUUCUACCCGCACCCGCCCCGCAAAAACCCGCGGGUAACCCGCUUAACCCGCGGGUAAUAUUAAUUAUAUUAAAAAUAAUUAUUUUAAUUAAAAAUAAUUAUUAUAUAGUUAAAAAAAUAUUAUUUUUAAAAAAUUAUAUUAAAAUAAUAUAUUAAUAAUUAAAAUUAUAUAAAUAUUUACGAGAUUUAAUAUAUUUUUUAUAAAAAAAACAUUUUAAAAAAAAAAAAAUCUUUUUUUCUUAAAUUUGCGGGUUAACGAGUACCCGCGACUCAAAUUCGACUGAUCCGCACCCGCCCCGCUUAAAAUAAUCUUGACCCGCACCCGCACCCGCCAUUGCAAAUUUUCAAAUUCUUCGACCCGCACCCGCCUCGCAGCGGGUCAAAUGGGGCGGGGCCCGCGGGCAUUAAUUAAAAUUCCCAGCUCUACUUACACCCCUAAAAACAAGUUAAAAAGGAACUAAAAACUAGUGGACAGUCGAGUUCUGAAUUUAGUUGGUCAAAAUCAUUACAUGAAUGCAGUAGUCUCGUAAUUGAGGCAACUUGAGUGUGGAGCCACUCGUUUGCUCUUUUUUUAGCAGAAAAUAAAAUGCAAAUGGUUAAGCAAGCAUACGAGAACGUAUGCCUUUGUGUUUUAUGUGUGGUUCUUUUUUCUUUAUCCACCAAUUUGCAACAUUCCUUCAUUAUAUACCAGACAAAUCAUUAUUCGUCUCAGGAGUACAAGAAGAAAACAAUCUCUGAUAUAGAAAAGAAAAAGUCACACAAGAACAAUAAUGUCUAAAGUCUAAACACACAUGUUAUGAUCUAUAAAAUUUAAGAUAACAUAGAAGGGUGUAAAUAAAUUUUAGGAGUGGAUGCGAGAUCAUACAGACUAAACUUGUUGAAGAAAAGUGACGUAUUCCAAGUUGAUUUUCCCGAUGUUUUGCAAGCCAAACAAGCCUAGUCCAAGCUGCAAUAGACU